UUAAUCUUCUCCAUCCUUAAUUAUCCUUGUUCCUUCAUGGUUUAUUAUUAUCUCUUUGGUGUUUUUCUAUGAGUAUCUAGGUUUCUAUGGGCAUUUUCAGUUUUCCUUUCGUUUAAAGUCUAAAACAACUCAAAAUGCCCUGGUUGAGCUCUUUUAACACUCUCGGCGUAAAAACUCACAAAUGUACUUGCAGUCGCAUUCAUAUUUACGAUUAUUUAUUUCUUACUUUCUGUAGAGUACAGCGACUUACAAAUCUUCCUUUGGAACUUAUUACAUCUAGCGAGUACUUACAAGUCGUAUCGUACGGCCCUAUGGGUCACUAUAACUGCCAUUUGGAUUCAGACUUUAUCAGACCGGAAAAGCCAUGCUGCCACUACGUGGGAAGCGAGUUGAGCCACUGUAGAGUGUGCAGGUACGCGACAGUGCUGUAUUUCUUGGACAAUGUAGAAGAGGGAGGGGAGACUGCCUUUCCCAUUGCAGACAACAGCACAUUCGAUAACGAGGAGUGGAUCCGCGAUGCUGAAAACGUGUGCAACUUAGCCAAGAAUUGCUACAAAGCAAACGUAGUGGUUAAACCAGAGAGAGGGAAAGCGGUACUUUGGUACAACCACCUCGUGGACAAUAAAACUGGAUGGUUAGGAGAACUUGAUCAGUACACAUUCCACGGAGGGUGUGAUGUGAAACGAGGAACCAAAUGGAUCGCAAAUAGCUGGAUAAGCGUUGGAGAAGACAGAGAGAGAGACCUUCUUAAUUGGAUUGAGCUUAGUGAAUAUGAAGAGGAGAAAGAAAACGAUACUUCUACUAGUGAUUCAAACAUAGAUUCUCCCCACCAAGAACUGUGAUCACAUAGCUAUUUGCAAUACAUAUGCCUCAUUGUACCUUUCUGCCGGUACGCUUCGACGGCAUAUCAGGAGAGUUUAGUCGAGCCAUGGUUCGUAUUUUGGCGAAACGCAGUCGAGCCAAAAUAUCCAUCGCGAGACCAAACGAGCCUGAUUUGCCGUCGAAGCGUGCCAAAAAGGUACGAUUAGGUAUUUACCGUGCUCAAAUUCAGCCAAGUAAUCAUGACAUCAUAGCCAAAUCAGGUCAGUGACUUGAUAUCGCAGUAUAUCGGGACAGUGUAGACACGGCUUCUGAUUGGCUACUUGCGAAUGUGGUUACGACAAAACUGAAAACGACAUUAAUGCAUGAAAGUUGUCACAACAACUGCUCUCGGAUGACAAUCUUUUUCAAGGGUACCUGUGUGAUGUACCCCACAAAUAAAAUGCUCUGGUUUGGAAGUUUUAAGUUGUCAAAUCUUUAGAAAUAGAACGCACUUUUUUUUUUCGUAAGGCUUGCAAAAACUGUGGAAUAAUGAUGUCAGUCGCUAUUCUUUUGAAAAAAAGGAGGGCUCUUUCAGAGGAAAACCACUCUUCAUUUGCCUCCGAUCGUUUGGUUUAUUCCCGUAGUACGAUAUAAUUAACACUGUUGACAGAACAAACUAGUAUGUUUAGAUUUUGCUCACAUGAAUAAAAUAAAAUUAUAAUGAUGAUUUAAAACUUAAACUGGUACAAUUUUUUCUUGAACGAAACAGUUUCGCAUUUCCUCAAGUGUUUACUGUAAGGCUUGACUCCGGUUUUCGUAGCACGAACCAACUAGAGUAAUUAAUCCUUCUUUUUGGAUGGGAGGGUGUAGGAGGCACGGUGGCCUCAUGGUUAAUAAGCUCGACUCCGGAUCGAGCGGUCCGGGUUCGAGCCCUGGCCG